UCAGUUUUAAACGAGUUGUUGGAAUUUCAAGAUGUCAAAGCAGGUUGUAAUAUUACUCAUCGUUAUUUUGUUGGUGUUUGGCAUCUUCAAAUCGGCAAUCGCUAGGGGAGGUGGAGGGCACGGCGGUGGACAUGGAGGCGGAUUUGGCGGUGGGCGAGGCGGAUUUGGCGGUGGGCGAGGCGGUUUUGGCAGAGGUUUCGGUCCUGGACGCGGCUUCGGACCUGGGCGAGGUUUUGGUCCUGGAUUUGGUAGGGGCUUUGGACCUGGGCGCGGUUUCGGUAGAGGCUUUGGGCCUGGGCGUGGUUUCGGUCCGGUCUUUGGCGGAGUUGAUGUCAUAACGUAUGAACGACCAUAUUGCCCCUACUAUCUUUGGCCGUGCUACUACUGAAGCAAUUAAUUCAAUAAAGUUGUCUAUAAAAAAUAUAACUAAAUAGGAAGUAGCAUCAAAUUGUGGAUAUGGUUAUGUAUUAUACAUACGAGAAUAUACCGACAAGUAUCAAAAGGGAAGUAUUCAAAUGAU